AUGUUCAGUCUCGGGCAGGACUCGAAACUCCUGGGCAUUGGCCAUGUGGCUCUCAAUGUUCUCCGCGCCCUCAACCUAAUCGGCCUGACUGCCGUGAUGCUGGCCAGCAUGGCGAUGCCAGUGCUCUCGGGCCUCAAAGGCCACGCCUUCUUUUUCGACGCGGUCACUCACGUCUUGGUCUUCAUCUUCUCGGCCUUCCUCUUCUACUCGGAAUUGCCUCUGCCGUCACGGUUCAAGGAGUGGUACCGCAGGAACUGGCCCGUCCUGGGCCCGGACCACUCGCUCGCGUGGCUCGGGCUGGGCAUGAUUUUCAUCGGCUUCCAGGUUCUAGGAGAUCUGGUCAAGCCGGCGUACACCAUCGACACGAUCGGAUUGGCGUGGUGGCGUGCCAUCCUCGCCGCGGGCAUUCUCUCCCUCACCUUCGGCUUCUUCAACAUUGUCGGCUCGAUCGUGUUCCGCGUCUCCGCGAGCCAGACCCAGAUCGGCAUGAAAAUCACCUGCCGCCAGAUCCGCACCCACGGCAAGCUUGCCCUGCAGCACGCCAGCAACCAGAGCAUCGACACCGGCUUCAGCGAACACUACUCGCCUCCGCACCGCGACAACUGGUCGGCACACGGCUGGUCCAAGGAGGCGGCAGACGUGGAGCCGUCGUCAGCAGUGAAGCGCCUCACGCGCGUCCUCAACCCAAUGAACUUCCGCAGGUCGCGCAUCCAGAUUAGCAAGCCGAUCCCGCAGGACACGCUGGAUGUCGAGCAGCGCGGCCACGACAAUCGGGCAAGUCCGAUCAUUCCGGAUAUCCAGCGCCCUCCAACCGCGCUGCAUCCUGCGUUUACUGGAGGCAGUCGGUACAGUGAGGCCCAUAUGGACCGGUUUUGA